AUGAGUAAACGCUCAAUAGCAGAUUCAAUCGGCGUACAUGAAGCAACAUUAAGAAAACGGCUAAAAGCAGGAACGGUGCCUACAUCACUGGGUCGCUUCAAAUUAGUUUUUACCCCAGAAAUGGAAGAGGAACUGGCUAUUUAUUGUAGAGAUUUAGAUAAAACAUUCUAUGGGCUCACACUUAAGGCACUUGGUAACUUGGUUUUUGAGUAUGCCGAAAGAAAUAACUUAAACCACAGAUUUAAUAAAGAAAAAAGAUCGGCCGGAAAAGAUUGGGUGUACUCAUUUUGUAAGCGUCAUAAACUUAGUUUACGUGUUCCAGAAAAAACAAGCCUUGCUCGCGCUGCUGGCUUUAAUAGGCCUCAAGUAGAACUGUUUUUCAGAAACCUAAGACAAAUCUUGAAUGAGAAAAAAAUACUGCCGCACCGUUUGUACAACAUGGAUGAAUCUGGUAUCCUAACCGUGCCCAACAAAUUACCCAAGGUUGUAGCUCCCAGAGGGAAAAGAACUGUAGGAAAAAUCGUUUCAUCUGAGAGGGGCCAGUUAAUAACUGCGGUGUGUUGUAUGGGAGCAACUGGACAAUACAUUCCACCUGCACUGGUUUUUCCACGAAAGAGACUGAAAGCUGAGCUAACUGAUAGAGCUCCAGCAGGGACACUCCAGCUUGUUUCAGACUCGGGAUUCAUCACUAGCGAGCUCUUCCUGGAUGGCUGGAUCAUUUUCAAACAUUUUGCAAAAGCUCAGUUGAAGACCCAGUUUUACUCGUUUUAG